AUGAAGCGUCUCUUUGGAUUCCAGAGCAAGUCUCCCAAAUCAAACAUACAACAUUCGAAUUCAAACACGUCCAAAGCACCUCCUCAACUUGUCACCAGUAAUGUGAUGAAUGAUGCCAAGGGUGUUGCGAAGUCGGGCGAGACGAGUAAAUCGCGGGAAAGGCGAAUAAGCGCUACAAGUGAAUCAGAACGAAAGAGUCCGACCCUCUCGUCGCGCCCCACGGCGCCAAAGAAGAGUGAUGCGGAGCUCUGGCGGUCCAUGCGCCUCGUUCUGACAGAGGAUGCACUGCUCGUCCGUCCGCUUAGUACCAAGAGUACCAGGGAGAACAAUGUCGGGGAACAUCUCAAGCUCAGCUGGUCCAAGUCUAUCCGCAUUGAGCGUGUCUUGCGUGCCCACAACGACAAGCAAGAAGAUGAACUAGUUACAGAGGAUACGCUAGAAAUCCGUGGAAUCAUUGGCAUUAUCACGCUCUUCAGUGCAUCAUACCUGCUGGUGAUCACAAGCUUGACGGAUCUGGGUAAUUUAUGUGGCCCGACGCGUCAGGUCUAUGGCAUCCAAGGCGUCGCAUAUGUGCCGCUAGAUUAUGGGCGAGCCAAGGAUGUCUUCCAGCGGCUCAAACGGGCAUCUCAGCGUUCUCAGGUUCCAACUGCUGCUCCACUCAAUAACACUAGUGUAAGUGACACGGGUUCGCUACACGUAAAGUGGGCACCUCAACAUAUCCCUAAUGUUGUACCCGACGCGGAUUCCAUCUUAUCCUCUUCCCCUUCUUCAUCUGGCUUCUCUACUCCUACUUCUGCAGGAGUGUCUAUCGCACCAUUGGCAAAGACUCUAGCAGAUCGAUUAUCAUUUUGGAAAACUCGACAAGCCGGUCGUGCGGAUGAAGCCUCUCUCGUUUCUGCACCCACACGGGCAAAUAUAGGUGGAAGCACAACGGGAGAGGAUACCCUAGGAGAGCUAGUGGAUAACAUCGAUAGCGGCGAUGUGGAUAACGUGGAUGCGGCACAGGCAGUAGAGGAUAUCGUUGCAGCUGCGACUGGACCCCAACCCUUGACAGCGGAAGAGAAGAAUGCAGCAGUCGAGGAGAAAGUACUCAGAGAGCUGGUCCGCCAAUACACGAAAGGAGGAAUGUACUUUGCCUACUCUUUCGAUUUAUCCAACUCGCUUCAACAUAAGCAACAAAACAUAGAGCGGAUAAAGAAGCAAUGUUCCAUUCUCUCCGACCUUGAUGCAGCCUCUGAUGAUGUUUGCAAGCCAAAUCAAAGUCGAACAGAAGCAGAUGAUAAGGUGGAUCCUUGGGAGGAACCGCUCGCCCAUCUUCCUCUGUGGAGGCGCAUCGAGCGCAAGUUUUGGUGGAACGAGCACAUGCUCCAGCCAUUCAUCGAAGCGAAGUGCCUACAUGGCUAUAUUCUUCCAAUCCUACAAGGCUUCUUCCAAUGUGCCACCUUCCACAUCCCCAUUACGCCAGAUCCGAUCACUCCUAUGCCUCUCACAAGCGAAAUUGGUACUUCUCCCAUAGUACCGGUUGAUGCGCAAGGUGCCGAAGCGCAGCUAAACGCUGCAGACGAUGCAGCAUCAAUAAAAGUCGAAUACGCCACCAUCUCUCGACGAUCGAAGGAGCGCGCCGGACUCCGUUAUCAGCGUCGUGGCAUCGAUGCCGACGCGCAUGUUGCGAAUUUUGUUGAGACGGAGGCAAUUGUCAGGCUAAUGCGAGAGGAUACAGAGAAUGUAUUCUCCUUUGUUCAAAUACGAGGAUCUAUACCUCUAUUCUGGUCCCAGCCAGGAUAUGGUCUCAAGCCGCCACCACAGCUUGAUUCUACAAAGACUUCAGAGCAAAACUCACAGGCUAUGAGAGCACACUUGGCGAAUGCCAUUGCACGGUAUGGACCGGUGAGUUGCGUGAAUCUAGCGGAGCAAACGGGCAAAGAAGGGCCCAUCACGGAUGCAUUUCGAGAGACGAUGAACGGGUUGGGGCUGCAGGGUGCAAAGUAUAACGAAUGGGACUUUCAUCGCGAGUGUCGAGGGAUGAGAUAUGAAAAUAUCUCCAAGCUCAUUCAUAAACUGGAGAGGACGUUCGAGCAACAAGGAUUCUACUGGACAUCUGGCUCGACAAUCCUAGCAAGACAAAAAGGCGUAUUCCGCGUCAACUGUAUCGACUGUCUCGACCGGACAAACGUCGUGCAAUCGGCCUUUGCCCGGCACGUACUAGCCACUCAACUCGAGGCAGUCGCCAUCUUGCACGAAUCCGGUACCGCCCAUACAGAAGCUGAAGCAGUCUUUAACGAUGUCUGGGCGAACAAUGGAGAUGCAAUCAGCCGGGCAUAUGCGGGGACGUCCGCUCUCAAAGGAGACUAUACAAGGACUGGCAAGCGGGACCUUGGAGGCAUGCUUAAUGACGGAAUCAACUCGCUCGCUCGGGUAUACACGUCGACCUUUAGCGAUUGGUUCUCGCAAUCCGUUAUCGACUUUAUGUUGGGUUAUCGAGGCCCGAGCGUGUUCACCGAAUUCCUACAAACGCUCUCCUCGUCUGAACCGAGCGAGGUCAUCAGGCUGUCCAAAGUCAGAGAAGCAGCCAUAGAGCAUGCAUCUUUGAUGGUGAUUGUCAAUGAUGAGCGGCUGACAGCUGGAUGGACUCUCCUCUCCCCCGAAGCGCUGGACGUGCGCUUGGCGGACAAGUUUGAAGAAAAGAUUCUCCUCUUGACUACAAAAGCGAUCUACAUCGUUAGUUACGAUUACUCGCUUGAAAAGGUCAAGGUAUCGACAAGAGUACCAUUAGGAGACAUUGUCAGCAUCCAGAGAGGCGCAUAUAUUCUGUCCACGCUCAACAGCCAGACUCGUGAUCCAGAAACAAACUAUGGGGUUAAUAUCUCCUUUCUUGCUGCCCGACAAGAUACGCGAAUCACCAGCUACUCUGUUCGGAACCGGUUCGACCUCAGCGGACGUGAUAACCCUCCUCGAUCGGCGACAGAUGGCAGCUUUGGAGCGACACUUUCGCAGAUCCUGGCUGAUGCAAAUUCGCCAAACAAGGUCGUAUCGGUUGCAUUCAAAUGUCUCCCUGUGGACGCAGCGCGGGUUUUCGGGACCGACGGCUCGCAAUCCGCGACGAGUCCGAAGACACCCAAGGAAGCAAUCGAGAGGCUUGUACAGACGCUCGCAAAGGCGUGCGGAGACUAUGGAGUAGUCGACGAGACAUUUUUGAGCGAGGCGGAUAUUGUAAGUCUGGCAGAAGCGCAAAAGACGACGAGCGUGUUUGCGAGGUUCGAAUACAACUUUAAGCGGCUGUUGUGGCUCGGGAGUUGA